AUGUAUGGUUCUUCGGUGGAAUUCGCCACUGCAGGGCUUCUCUUUGGGAGGGAUAACUGCAGGGGCCUGGCAGACAAAAGCUUUGAGAAGCGGAAGGCUGCGGCUCAGGCUGUCCAGCAGCUCAUCAAGCAACAAGUGGCGGUAGCUGCCUCGGCCGCACCAGACACCGCAGGCGAUGAAGACAUGCAAUAUUCUGCGAAGGGAUCCCCCAGUCUCUCGGAAAAGCCACAAGAACUGCAGGAGAGCCAACGGCAAGACACGGAGGCCAUUGUUGCCGUCGUUCAGAAAGCAGUUGCUGCUCUGACCACCGACUUCCUCUCCAGUCCUAUUGCCAACAUACGCAAGGGCGGACUAUUGGGACUUGCAGCUGUUGGUCUCGCCUUUGACUCUGGAGGCCUGGAGUGCUGCUUGCUGCUCCUGCUGAGGCCUCUUUUGAAGUCGUUUGGUGAUCCAGAUCCGCGAGUACGAUACUAUGCGUGCGAGAGUCUGUUCAACGUCCUCAAGGCCGCCAGGAGCCUUAGCUUGCGAUUUCUGCCCGAGCUCUUUGAUGGGCUUUGCAAACUUUGCGGGGACGUUGACAGGGAGGUGCGACAAGGCGUCGGGUUUGUUGACAGCCUGCUAAAGGAAGAAACUGCAGCGGCAGCUGCAAAGGCAGCAGCUGCUGCCGCUGCGGCAACGGCAGUGGGAGUACCUGCAGCCGCAACAGCAGCGACAGCACAAGGACCUAUUACCCCGGCUUUCAUCCAUUUGCUUGUUGAAAGACUUCUCGUCCGCAACCCCUAUAUCAAAGUCUUAGCACUCUCAUGGAUUUCUUUGCUGGAAACUAGUACAGGCAUCGACAUGCUGCAGUAUUUGCCGCUCUUCCUGGGGGGCUUGCUGGAGCUCCUUGGGGAUUCUCAUCGGGAUAUUCGCCAAGCCGCCGAUCUGUGUGUCACGAAUUUCUUGGAGGAUCUCCGCUCGGAUCCGGUUGAGACGGAUCCAGCUGUGGUAGCGCAGACGGCGGAGGUUGUGCUGCGUUGUAGCGACAAAAGCAACAGCUCCUUCACGCACCUGACUGCCCUCGUUUGGCUGCACGAGCUGCUGUUGCUACUGCUACCGGAUGACACACAGCAGCGGCAGGAAGAAGUCGCAGCUGCAGAUUCCACUCCCAAGGCACAGUGGCACCUAGAGGUUCAGAGACACCUGGAACCGCUUGGCUGCCGAAUGCUGCAAAGCAUUUUGCGUUCCGCUGCGGAAGCAGAAGAAGAGAUAUCGCGGAUGGCUGCGGAAGUCCAUGCACACGUCAUUGCUAGGGUGUUGGUCUCAACUACUGCUCUGGAUCUUUCCGAGUUUGUCAGCAGCGCUGCUCGAUACCUUUUAUCAUAUUCCGCACCAGCACCGUCAACGGGAGCGGCCGGAGCUGCCGCAGACACUCCCGGGGGUGCAGCAACAGCUGCAGACGACGUCCGUUCUCUGUGCCUCCAGUGGAUGGAGUUGAUGCUCGUUGAGAAGCCACAUUUGCUGCAGCUGACAGAGGAGCAGCCGCAGCAGAAGGCCGGCCCGUUGCGAAAGCGUUUUUUGAGUUUGUUUCAGCAGCAGCAGCAGCACAAGCAGCCAGAUCAGUUGUUGCUGCAUAAGCAGCAGCAGCUAGUGGCCACUGUCCUGUACACUGCGUUGACGGCUGAGAGUGCUUUGGCACCAGCACCAGCAGCAGUAGGAGCGGCUUCUGGAGCAGCGGGGUCUGCAGCUGAGGCACCGAGCCGCCAGCAGUCCGCUUCCAGCACAAGGAAUCGUGAAGCUGCUGGGUUUGUGGCAACAGCAGCCACCAAUCAUAUCGUGAGGAUGGCUCUCUCAAUUCUAGGCCGAUUUAUUCAGCGCAACUCGACAAACAUUCGGGUGGUCGUGGAAGAGCUGCUGCGGCUGUUGAAGGCAAACCGCUCCCUCCUGGAUGGCCGCGGGCACUUUGCUCUACGGCAGCUCUGCACCAUGGGGGACCCUUGUGAGGUGUAUAUGCACAUUGCCGUGGAGCUCCAGCACCAAUAUGAAUCGGCUGUCGCUGCUAAGAAGGCGGCUGAAUCGACGUCGGCAGCAGCGGGCUAUGACGCAGCACCAGGCCAGGCCGCAACGGCAAGACGUGACACUCCCAGCACGCCUGCUGAGGAGGGAGCCGCGGCUCCUCCGGUAUCCCCUGAAGAGGACUCAAAGCAGACGAUACAGUUUCUGCAUCAGAUUGUCCAGGCUCUGAGCAUUGACCUCUUUAGUGCCAAGGAAGUGAAGGGCGUUCGGCAGGAGCUGCGCAGAGGGGAUACCACGAUGUUUGAAGCCCUGCUGCCCACCUGGGCAACUAACUCCGUUUGGUUGAUUGCUCUCUCAUUAUACGCGGGGCAGUCGGAGGUGGCUGCUGAAGUGGUCGCGCUACUGAGCCGAGAAGACGGCCUGUCGGCCCUCGAAAUGCUACAGCUGGAACAGCUCGCGCUGCUGCUAGACAGCCGACAAUUCGCCUUCCUCAGGAUGAAGCUCCAUCAGCAGCCUCUAGACCCGCAUCUUCUAACGGCUGUGAGAGGUAUUGGAAUGCUGCUGCCCCAGGGCCCUGCCUUCACGCUCCUUCACCGGAGGCUGCAACUCGCCUCCUCCAACGCCUGCUGCUCCCCCAAAUCUCUGGUUAGUCGCGCUCUUUCUCUGGCCGCCGCAGCCCGCGAGCAUGUUGAAGACGAUGUGGCUUCACUGGAACUCCAAGAGCCCUGGCGGCCUCCCUCACCGCGCGAGCCACGGGAAAGCUCCGUCUACUCCCAAAAGUCUUCGGAGUCAAGAAACGGGUCAUUGUCGCAAAAAGUAAUGCCCCAAAAGGGGCAAUCACUACAGUCUCCUGAAGAAGGCCUCGACGAGGGGCUAACUGAACAUGGCUCUGUCAAGAAAGCCUUCCCAUCCGCUGCCAGCGAUAUCUAG